AUGGUAAUGAUAGGGAAGCUCCUACGAGUUACAAGAAGGCAACUUCACACCAUUAUUUCCCGAGAUAUAAUCAAACCUGCAAAUCCAACCCCUUCUCAUCUCCAAACGUAUAAUCUUUCUGAGAUCGAUCUACUCGCGGAGAAAGCAUAUAUGCCUCUUAUUCUCUUUUACCCAAAAAAUGCCAGCUGCAGUUUAACUGCCCAAGACAAGGCCAGCGUGCUGAAGAAAUCUUUAUCACAAAGCCUAACAAAAUACCAUCACUUUGCAGGCAGAUUACCCACACGCACAACCCCUUACGUCGACUGUAACGACGAGGGAAUUGUGUUUCUUGAAGCCCGAAACGAUAGCAGACUUGAUGCAUUCCAGCUUACUAGUGCAGAAGAUGGAAAUCUUGACUAUCUAUUUGCGGAUGAUAUGGUGUGCUACAACUCUCCUCAUAAUAGGAAUCUUGUUGGGGUUCAACUCAACCACUUCGCAUGUGGUGGAGUUGGGCUUGCAAUCUCUGUGUCACACCUUGUUGGUGACGGUUGCACUUUAGGAUCAUUCAUGUUACACUGGGCAUCCGUAGCACGCUAUGGAUCGCCCCACCAUAAAGAAGUACUUCCUCUGAACCCUCAUUUCAUUCAUGUCCCAAGGACCAACUCUCCUCUGUCCGAAGCUCCCGUUAUGAACCAACAUCUUGCCAGCAGUACGACUCGUGUGAUGAAGAAAUUCGUGUUUCCUAACUCAAAGUUAAGUGAUCUUAAGAAGGUUGUUGCCGAUGAAACAAACAAUCCUACUCGGGUCGAAGUAUUAACCUCUCUACUUUACAGAACAGCGGUGGCAGCUGCAACCACAAAAUCUGGUUGCUUUAAACCAUCUUAUUUGUUUAUGAUGGCCGAUGUACGUAAACAUUUUGUGGACAAGCUGCCACAAACUACUGUGGGAAAUUUUGUGUCGAUGAUGAUGGUACCAACGAGGCAUGAAAGCCAAACUUCGAUAAGUAUGUUGGUUGCAGAGAUAAAGAAACAGAAGUUGCAACUGAAAGGAGUGCAAAGUGUGGAACAGGCAGCUAAAAGCAUGAAAUUAGUUCAUUCCAAAUUCAGAAAUGAUGAUUUAGAACAUUUGUCUAACGGAUCAUAUGCCAGUAGCAGUUUAUGUGGGAUGGCGUUUGGCAAAGUCGAUUUCGGGUGGGGAAAGCCCAUGGCUAAAGCUUUUGCAUUCAGAUCAGCAGGUAGAAAUGCGUUUCUGCUGAUGGAUAGCACAGAUGGUGAUGGCAUUGAAGCACAUGUGAUCUUGGAAAAAGAGGAUAUGGAGAUAUUUCAGAAUGACAAGGAGUUGCUUUCGUUUUGCCAAGUUAACAUGUAA